AUGUUUAAUCAACUAUAUUUUUACGCAGAGAAAACCUCGGAUCCCGAUUUGAUGAUGAAAAUACUGGUUGUGCAGCAGUUCCAACAGCAGUCUAAUUUGUGGCAGACUGCACUACUCCAAUUGUUGACAAGACCCCAGCGUCCAAAACCGGCCGCAGUGCCCAAAGCGUCCUCGGUGGCUCGAUUCGAUAAAGGAAAGAAGCUGCGUAUUCUUGGUUAUAUUGAAAUAUUCGCCUAUCUCAUUCGGCAACGAAUCACUAAUAAGUUCUUCUCGAUUUCAGGCGAGCAGCAAUUUUCAAUCACAUUGAAGAUGAUCUUGAAAACAGCCGAAGCGUAUUUGCUUCAGGGCAACAACACAUUGUUAUCCAAACUAAAGUUACUGGCCUCCGGCGAACGAUACCAGCUGGAAUGUUUGGAACGCGGGGGAAAAGCCAACCUCAUCAAAGAUGCCAUAGAGAUUGUGCAAUGUGCUUUCGAACGCAUCUAUUUGACCAUUGUAAGUUGA